CUCCAAUCUUUAUUAUCCCCUCAGCUCUAUCUCACUCUUCUCUCUCCACUCUCUUCUUUCUCUCGUGAACUCCAACCAGCAGCAGAGUUCAAGAAAUGGAGUAGGCUGCAAUGACAAUUCAUUUUGGUGAAGUUGCUUGUGUGGGUGGAGUGGUAGACUGGCCGUACUGCCUCACUCACAUUCCGCAAUCCACGCUAACGUGAAAGCAGGUUUCAUCACGACAAAUACAAAAUGGGGAAAUGGAAAGGAAAGGGGAAGGUGGAGGUUGAAGGGUCUACCCGUGAGAGAUCAAUUAGCUGGGAUGAGGAACACACUAAGUUCAUGCUUGAUUGGUUCAUUGAGUAUAAGAAAGACCAACAUGCAGGGUUUGUGUGGAAGAGUCAGCAUCAUCUGAAAUGUGCUGAUGCCUUAAACAAAGAGUUUGCUAUGGGUGUAACAUUUGCCCAAGUUUCCUGUCACUACAGACAUUACAAAGAGAACUGGAAGAUAGUUGAGAGGGCAUUAAACAAGAGUGGAAAUGGGUUUGAUGCUACUAAGUGCAAAUUGACUAUAUCAGAGUCUGAAAAGGCUUGCCUAAAAGUUAGGGACAGGCGCCUACUUGCUAAGCCAAUCAAAUACUUUCAUGAGAUGCAAGAGCUUUUCUCAGGCAGCAAUGCAGAUGGUUCUCUUGCCAUAUAUCAGCAAACAUACAUGGAUGUUGAUAGCAAAUCUGAUAACAGUGACUGGGAAGGGAUGAAUGAUAUGGCUAGUUAUCCACAUCCUAUUGACAUUGCUGCAGAAGACUCUGACACAUAACCAUCUCCUGUUGGUCGUAAGCGUACAUCAAGCCCAGAUAAUUGCUCUCCUAGCACUUCUCGACUUGGUGCAAAGCGGGCAAGAGGAGUAAAGUCCCCAAGUAAGAAGCAACCAAAGCCUAAGAGUCGUCUCACAGAUGCUGCUGAGAAAAUUGGCAACACAAUGGAUCAUUUGUUGAAGAAUCUUGCUAGUGCUCCUUCUCCACCCCCAGUGCCACAACUUUCUGACCCUCAUGCUACAUUGUGGAAAAGGGUAGAGGCCCUUACCAUUACCACUAAUGAUAAAAUUAGUGUUGGAAAAUACCUGGGUCGCCAAGAAAAAUGAAGGAAUGCGUGGAUUUCUCACUGGUUCAAGUGACACAACAUUAGAAACUUGGGUGUACCAAUUCUUAUGUGAGCGAGAUGCUGGGACACUGAGAUAGAUGGAUGGGUCUAGUUGCAUGCUUCUUAGUAUUUGUUGACCUUUUGCUAUGUUAGAAAAAAAGUAAUCGGGUAUAAUGGAACCUCGUUAACAUGUUAGGCACAAAGUAGUUACUUUUGGUUAAGAUUAGAGUAGAUGUAGACGUUCUUAUAUACUAUAUUGGGACCUUGUGAUUGCUUUUGAAUAUCAGUAGAACUAUGAUUAUGAACUGAUGACGCAGAAGCAUGCUCUUUCUGCUUAUA